GCUGUGCUGGAGGCUCAUUGUCCAGAGCACGGGCCGAGCAUCAGGCGAGUUAUGGAAAAAUCUACAGUUUAUAGUAAAAGAAAAAACCCAAAUACCAAUAAUUUGAGGACUUAUUCUGACCCAUAAUCACCUUCCAUCUUCCUACCUGAAAGUUCUUUCAUUAGCAAUCCAGAUAUCCACCACUUUCACCAUGGACCCAAAAGACUAUGAGCCCAAGAGGGGAGCUGACACCAUCUCCAGAACUAUUGACCUCUCCCAUCUUUCCUAUCCCUUUACUCAACCUGUUCCUUCCCAGCCUCACCCACCCAAAUUCAUUCCAGACAUGAUUGACCUCAACAGGCUUCAUUUCCACAGAGUGAUGGGUAGAUAUAACACAGUGCAAGUCAAACAAGAGACAGUAAAACCCAUGCCCAUAUGGCCACCAUCGCCACUGUUCCUGCCCCCUCCUCCUCCGUUCUUCCCACCGCUCCGCCCAAACCUGGUUCCUUUCCCUUUCCUGAUGCCGGGCCCGGUCAUGCACCUUUCUCCAAAUUCAUUCUACCAGAGAGAUGCCCCAAGAUACAGCAGAAGAAAUAUGGAGGGAUCCAGAGCUGGGCUGAGCAGCAUUGAGAAGUUAGGCCUGAAUGUCCAUGUUGAUGACAGUUACUACGUGGACGUAGGGGGCGAACAGAAGCGCUGGAAGUGUCGCAUGUGCGAGAAGUCUUACACCUCUAAGUACAACCUUGUUACACACAUCCUGGGUCACAGUGGCAUCAAACCACAUGGCUGUGGGCUCUGUGGAAAGCUCUUUAAGCAACUGAGCCACCUGCACACGCACAUGCUUACUCAUCAAGGUGCCCGGCCCCAUAAGUGCCAGGUGUGCAACAAAGCCUUUACACAGACAAGCCAUCUGAAGAGGCACAUGAUGCAACACAGCGAUGUCAAGCCAUACAGCUGUGGUGUUUGUGCCAGAGGUUUUGCCUACCCCAGUGAGCUAAGAGCCCACGAGCUCAAGCACGGUAGGGGCCAGGAAAACGUGUGUGUUGAGUGCGGGCUUGACUUUCCGACUCUUGCCCAGCUGAAGCGACACCUGACGGCACACCGCGGACCGGCGCAGUAUGACUGCAGCGAGUGUGGCAAGAGCUUUCAGUACCCGAGCCAGCUGCAGAACCACAUGAUGAAGCACAAGGACAUACGACCCUACAUCUGUAGUGAGUGCGGUAUGGAGUUCGUCCAGUCCCACCACCUCAAGCAGCACACGCUGACCCACAAGGGAGUGAAGGAGCAUAAGUGCCGCAUAUGUGGCCGUGAGUUUACGCUGCUGGCCAACAUGAAGCGACACAUUCUGAUCCACACCAACAUCCGAGCCUACCAGUGCCAUCUAUGCUACAAGAGCUUUGUCCAGAAGCAGACGCUUAAGGCUCACAUGAUCGUCCAUUCUGACAUCAAGCCUUACAAAUGCAAGCUUUGUGGGAAGGAGUUCAACAGAAUGCAUAAUCUAAUGGGCCACAUGCACUUGCACUCAGACAGCAAGCCUUUCAAAUGCCUGUACUGCCCCAGCAAGUUUACUCUGAAAGGCAAUCUGACCCGCCACAUGAAGGUCAAACACGGCAUCAUGGACCGAGGACUCGAUGCCCGAGUGUUCAGGAGACGAGGACGGUUGUGUCUUUCUGCUCCUCUCCGUCUCCUGUCCCGCUUCAAACAGGACAAGCCAUUUGAUCUGUCCCAGAAGCGCCCCCCCAAACUGCGCCUCUCUCAGUCUGACGGAGAGAGCCGGGAGGAAGAUGAAGACAGUCUGUACAGGACCAGCCAGUACAGUCCUGAUCGCUACCACCCGGAGCUGGGAGAAGCCAGAGAGGCAGACGAUGAAGAAGACGAGGAGGAAGAAGACGUAACAGUCCACGUGGAUGAAGAUGAGAGCAGUGAGAAGCUCCAGUGUGAAGAGACUGAGCAAGGUUCUGUCUCCGACGGAGAGCUUUAUUGUGUCAGAACAUACCGGGAAAGAAGAUUAAGCUGUAAAUAAGGUUAAAACAUUGUCUCAUGGGUGAUAAAACUGUGAAACAGUCUCAUUUCCAGCAUUAUCGUAGCAAAUACCAAUAUGCUGAUUAAAAGUAUGUUAUUUAAAGAAAUUAAUAUAAAUACUGUAUCUUUAAAUGGUCACUCAGUACAUGAAUACAUGUCUAACAACGUGUCUGCCUGAUUAAUCAUUUUGUAUAUUUUGCAAACAAUGUAUUUACCAAUAAUAGAAAAUGUGAAUAGCAAAUGACACAUGAAUUAAUUCUUUUAUUUUUUGAUAUUCUUUAGAUUUUUCUUCUUAAUAGAGGAAAGUUAAACUAUUUUGAUUUUAUUUUUCUG